AUGGGUCAAUCCCGACGUCCCGCCGGUGGUGAGAAGAAGAGCCGUGGCUUCGGCCGCUCCAAGGCUCAACAAGCCGACGUUGGCGAUGGACGACAGACCGGGGGAAAGCCUCAGGUCAAGAAGGCCGUUUUCGAGAGCACCAAGAAGAAGGAAAUUGGUGUGUCAGAUCUUACCUUGCUGAGCAAGGUGUCCAACGAGGCUAUCAACGAGAACCUCAAACUCCGCUUUGAGCAUGGAGAGAUAUACGUGGGUGGCCCUCUGGGGAAACGCGGGUUAAAGUCCCCUCUGUUGACAUAUAUCGGCCAUGUGUUGGUAUCGGUUAACCCGUUUCGAGAUUUGGGGAUUUACACCGACCAAGUCCUCCAAUCGUACCGGGGCAAGAACCGACUUGAAGUUCCGCCCCAUGUCUUUGCAGUCGCCGAAUCCGCCUAUUACAAUAUGAAAGCAUACAAGGAUAACCAGUGCGUGAUUAUCUCUGGUGAAUCCGGAGCAGGGAAGACCGAGGCCGCCAAGCGGUUGAUGCAGUACAUCGCGAGCGUCUCGGGAGGUAGCGAUUCGUCCAUUCAGCAGACGAAGGACAUGGUCUUAGCUACCAAUCCUCUUCUGGAGUCCUUUGGAAAUGCGAAGACACUGCGCAACAAUAAUUCGUCCCGUUUCGGAAAGUAUCUGGAGCUGGAAUUCAAUAGCAAUGGCGAGCCUAUUGGCGCAAAGAUCACCAACUAUCUCCUGGAGAAGUCCAGAGUCGUUGGCCAGAUCACAAACGAGCGGAAUUUCCACAUCUUCUACCAGCUUACCAAGGCUGCGCCACAGAACUAUCGAGACAACUUUGGGAUUCAACAACCACAGUCAUAUCUCUAUACGAGCCGCUCAAAAUGUCUCGAUGUUCCGGGCAUAGAUGAUGUUGCCGAUUUCAAAGAUGUCCUUGAAGCCAUGAGAAUCAUUGGGUUGAGUCAAGCUGAGCAGGACAACAUCUUCCGCAUGUUGGCUGCAAUCUUGUGGUUGGGAAAUAUUCAGUUCGUUGAGGACGACCACACCAACGCGUCGAUUACCGAUCAAUCUGUGGUGGAUUUCGUCGCCUAUCUUCUCGAAGUCGCUCCCGAACAGGUUAACAAAGCUCUCACUGUACGGAUCAUGGAGACUGCUCGGGGAGGCCGAAGGGGCUCAGUCUAUGAAGUUCCGUUGAACACGGUUCAGGCACUCGCGGUCCGGGAUGCCCUUGCGAAAGCGAUCUACUUCAAUCUUUUCGAUUGGAUAGUGGAACGACUCAACAACUCGCUGACCGCAAAGGGCGCGGUGGCCAACUCCAUUGGUAUCCUCGAUAUCUACGGGUUUGAGAUUUUCGAAAAGAACUCAUUCGAGCAACUGUGUAUCAACUACGUCAACGAGAAACUGCAGCAGAUUUUCAUUCAGUUGACGCUGAAAGCGGAGCAGGAGGAGUACGCUCGGGAGCAGAUCAAAUGGACUCCGAUUAGCUAUUUCGACAACAAGGUGGUGUGCUCGCUGAUUGAGGAUAAGCGUCCACCCGGUGUGUUCGCGGCGCUCAACGACGCCUGCGCCACUGCUCACGCAGACUCCGCUGCUGCCGACCAGACCUUCGUGGGGAGGCUGAACUUCCUCUCGCAGAAUCCUAACUUUGAGAAUCGCCAGGGCCAGUUCAUUAUCAAGCACUAUGCUGGAGAUGUCACCUACACUGUCGAGGGCAUGACCGACAAGAACAAGGAUCAGUUGUUGAAGGACCUGCUCAACCUGGUGGACUCUAGCAGCAACCACUUCUUACAUACCCUGUUCCCCAACCAGGUUAAUCAGGAUGACAAGAGACGCCCGCCCACGGCUGGUGACAAGAUCAAGGCAUCUGCCAAUGAUCUGGUUGACACACUAAUGAGAUGCCAACCGUCGUACAUCCGGACUAUCAAGCCCAACGACAAUAAGUCCCCCAAGAAAUACAAUGAGGCUAAUGUGCUGCACCAAAUCAAAUAUCUCGGUCUUCAGGAGAACGUGCGUAUCCGACGAGCCGGGUUCGCAUACCGUCAGACUUUCGACAAGUUCGUGGAGCGAUUCUAUCUCUUGUCAAAGCACACGUCGUAUGCUGGUGACUACAUUUGGACAGGAGAUGCAGAAUCUGGAGCCCGCCAGAUCUUGAAAGACGUUGGCAUUCCUCCCGAGGAAUACCAGAUGGGUGUUACAAAAGCGUUCAUCAAGACCCCCGAGACGCUUUUUGCUCUGGAACAUAUGCGUGAUCGCUACUGGCACAAUAUGGCCAUCCGCAUCCAGCGAGCAUGGCGUAAUUACCUGCGUUAUCGCACAGAGUGCGCUAUCCGCAUCCAGCGGUUCUGGCGCCGCGUCACUGGUGGCUUGGAAUAUAUCAAAUUGCGUGACCAAGGCCACCAGGUGCUCCAGGGCAAGAAAGAGCGACGGCGCAUGAGUCUUCUGGGCUCGCGCAGAUUCAUGGGAGACUACAUUGGCGUUGGUAACAAGGGCGGACCAGGGGAAAUAAUUCGUAGCAGCGCCGGCAUCGGUUCGGACCCUAUUCUUUUCUCAUGCCGCUGUGAACUGCUAGUCUCCAAGUUCGGUCGAUCGAGCAAACCGAUGCCUCGUAUCCUUGUCCUGACCAGCAGACAUGUCUACAUAAUCGUGCAGAGCAUCGUGAACAACCAGUUGACGAUCUCCUCGGAGCGAACGAUUCCUGUUGGUGCCAUCAAAUGUGUCAGCACUUCGAACUUGAAGGACGACUGGUUUGCCAUUGUCGUCGGCUCCCAGCAAGAACCCGACCCUCUCAUCAGCUGUGUAUUCAAGACCGAGUUCUUCACUCACCUCACCAACGCUUUGCGCGGGCAGCUGAACUUGAAGAUUGGCGAAACGAUUGAAUACAACAAGAAGCCAGGCAAGCUAGCCACCGUCAAGGCCGUCAAAGACCCUGCCGUCCCUCGCGACGACACGUAUAAGAGCGGCACCAUUCAUACAGGACCGGGUGAACCUCCCGACUCCGUUUCGAAGCCAACUCCCAGACCCAAACAGGUUGCUGCCAGGCCCGUCACGAAAGGCAAACUGCUACGUCCUGGUGGGCCUGGAGGUGGCCCUUCGAAGCUCAGCGGAAACCGUCCAAAUGGCACCGCUGCCAAACCUACACCCCAGCCGGCGCCUCAGCCGACUCCCCAGCCCGCAGCAGCAGCGGCUGCCCAGGCACGGCCCGUACCCCAGCCUGUCGCCGCGGUGGCAGCAUCUCACAACCGCACCCCGUCAGCAGCUUCGCAGACGUCAGUUCGCGCACCUCCGCCGCCACCACCUGCCGCUCCUCCGGCUAAGAAGCCUACCGCCAAGGUGCUCUAUGACUUCACCAGUGACCAAUCCAACGAGCUUUCGAUCCGUGCUGGAGAAAUCGUCCAGAUCAUUUCCAAGGAAGGAAAUGGAUGGUGGCUGUGUAUGAACAUGGAGACGAAUGCUCAAGGAUGGACUCCACAAGCCUACCUGGAGGAGCAGGUUGCCCCUGCACCUAAACCGGCGCCACCACCUCCGCCGCCAGCGCCCAAGGCAACGACAAAUGGCGCUGCAGCGGCGGCGGCAGCGAAGGCGAAGCCGACUCCGCCGGCGCCUCCCGCGAAGAGACCGGCCGCAAGAGGGAAGCCCCUUGCACCGCCCGCACGCGAUAGCGCUGUGAGCAUGAACUCGCAAGACUCGUCUGGAGGAAGUGGACGGGCAACCCCGAACAGUGCAUCGAAUGCCAGCCUCGCGGGAGGCCUUGCCGAGGCGUUGAGACAGCGCCAGAGUGCUAUGCGAGGUUCACAGGACGACGACGACGACUGGUGA